AAUUUAAACAUGACCCACGCAAAACAAAAACCAAAGAUCGACCCGAUUCUUUGUUCUUCUCCUCCAUCCUCUCUGUGUUCAUCUUCCCUAAGAACGACUCACUACUAUUCAAUCAUGCUCUCCAGUUCUCUUAUUCCUUCUGUUCGAGUUCUUCCAUAAGGGCUAAAAAAUAAUCCCCUACAUUAAGCAUACUACUUAACUAAUUGUCAUAGUAUGAAAGCGAUUAUCAGUGGAGGAGGACCAAAGAGAAAGUUGGCGGUUCCAUGCUUAAUUGGAUCGAGGAAUAUACUUGAGGGUGUUGAGAGAGAUGUAGGUGGUGUAGAGGUGGUCCCAAGAGUGACUAGAAGUGAAGCUAGGCUUGAUGAGGAACUGAAAGAGGGAUUUAACCUAGCCGAUGAGGUUGAAUAUGAUUCAGAAGACCCUGGCAGCCUAGAUGGAUCAGAUGGGGAGGUAGAUCAAAGCCCCGUGUUCAAUCCAGAAACUGAUUUUGACCAUCCAAUUAGGUUGAUGGUGGGGUUGAAGUUUCCUUCAGUUGAGGUAUUCAGGAGAGCUUUGAGGGAUCAUUCUAUUGAUAAGAAGUAUGACUACUAUUUGCUGCACAAUGGCAAGAAAAGAGUGAGUGCUUACCGUAAAUAUAGGUGUAUGUGCCCUUGGGAUCCUAAAAGGUCUAAGAGGAGUAAAUGCACUUGUGGAAAGGUGAUUUGUAACUUUAAAGUGUUGGCAAAGAAGGUUAAGCUGGAGGAUUCUUUCCAUAUUAGGAGCAUAAGGCUUAAACACACUUGUAGAACUGAAGUAAGGAAUAGGAAAGUGACUGCUGAAUAUUUAGCACACAGAUACCUUGAGGAUUGGAGAUCUGACCCGGGUUGGAACCUUGUCAAAGGGUUUGGUGAGAGAGUGUUGAGAGAAACGGGUUCGUUCUGUGACUACUACAAGUUGUGGAGGGCUAGGGCUAGGGCUAGGGCAAGGUCAAAAUUGAUGUUGUACGGGGAUGGUGCCGAGCAAUACAAGAGGGUUUGGGACUAUGUGCAUGCUGUGAAGAAGCAUAAUGAGGGGCAUGUGUGACAAUAUACUAUGUCUGCAUCUUGUACUAGAACAUAACAAAUAUAGUGACCAUGAUGAACUUGAAGAUAAGUUCCUUGAGGAAAAAAAAGCACAUGAAGAUAAAUGCCAGAAACUAUAUCAACCAAUCUAAACAAAGGUAUGCUAAUUAUGAUACUUCUCGUUCUUAGUUUGCUUUAUAGGUUGGAAUUUUGCUAUUACUAUGACUAUUCAAGAACGAGCAAUCUAAACAAAAUGUUUAAUUACAUACUUAAUUGGCCAAAACACAUAAAACCCCAAAAUUUCCCGAACCCCCAAUUUAAAUUAAAUAAGAACCCUAAAUUACGAAGUUAUAACAGUAGCAUAAAAUUGGGCAUACCUUAACGAAAUUGGUGUCCAUGGAAUAUUGUUUGAAGGAGAACGAACCAAGGUAGUACCAGUAGAACGAGCAACAACGGAAUUUUGACCCAUCUAGAUAGGGAGAACGACCAAGAACAGUGAAGCUAGGCAAAGUAAAAGAGAGAGAGAUAUGAUAAUUAUAGCCCUCAUGGAAGAACUCGAGCAGAAGGGAAGAAGAUAAUUAAAGAGCAAUGAAGUCUUGUUCUUAGCCUUUUAGGGAAGAUAAACACAGAGAGGAUGGAGGGGAAGAACAAAGAAUCGGGUGGAUCUUUUGUUUUUGUGUUGGGUGGGUCAAUGUUUAAAUUUGUGGGUUUUUGUUUUUAAGUUCUUUCAAUUUUAAUUUAUUAAUUUAAAUAAUUAAUAUAUAAUUAGGGUGAUUAUAGUGUAUUAGUUGACUAAUUAGUGAGAAAAUAGAUUAAAUGAUAAGUAGGUAGUAAUUAACAACAAUAAUUAAAGAUAUAGGUAAUAAUUUGCAACUUUUAAAGAUGUAGGUAGUAAUUCACAAAUCCUCAAAUAAGAUAGGUAGUAAUUAACAAAUUAUCCUUAUACAAAUCACAAUAUAUCAUUAGCGAUCUCUAAGAAUAAAUUAAAUAUUAAUACUUAUGUCAAGAUUAUAUAAAUACUCGUAUUCCAAUCCUCUAAUACUCACAAGUCACAACAUAAUACGCAUUACGACUUUGGCGGAAAUCGACUUGAAUUAAUAAAAUACCCGAGCUAUCUGAUAUAUGCGUUUUAUAUAGAGUUUUUACCCCCGUCCCUUAGUACUUUUUGAUCUCAAAUGAGCUCUUCGGAGCGAUUUUUAGUACUAAUGUGCUCCUUGUAGUGUGUUUGUAGUUUCAGGUUCAUCAUUGUAGGAAUUAACAUAUUUUUGUGCAUUUCCUACUUAUUUGAAUCAAUACAAGAGAUUAUAUACUUUCGAGAGCGCAAACAUUGAGUUGGAAGAAUUUUCAUGCAAAGCGAAUAGUGAAAGAAGUAGAAAACUGAAUAUCGUCCACUCUUUUGAUCAUAACUCGAGUUAUACUACUCCAAAUGCAGAGAUUCAAAUUGGGUUGGAUUCUAGACUUCAAGAGCUUUCCAACGAGUGGUCACUCGCCUAAUUCCGACUUAUAACGAAGGAGAUAUGGUGCUUUUAAGAUACGGGAUCGUGCAGUUUGACGAGCAGAUCGCCCGAUCGGACGGCCCAUUGCCCGAUCGGGCGACGACAACCCCUGGGCGCGGAUUUUUGCUUUGUUUCCGGUUUUUUUCUUCUACUUUUGGGCAAGACUAUAAAUAUAGCCCUUAGACAUACUUCCUCCGUUUCGUAAAAAUUGCAACACUUUGUUGUGGCACGCAAGUAUUAUUUGGGAUCUUAUUUUUUUCUAGUACCUUAGUUUAUUGCUUAGUUUUUAUUCUUUCUCUAAACUUUUGUUAAUUACUUUUAUUAUUGCUUUCAAGUUUCAAACUUUAAAUUUCA